AUGUCGAGGCUGUGGGCGAGGAUCGCAGGUCUAUUCACAAGUAGAUCCUUCGUCGGAAUGGACAAAGCGGGCAAUCGAUAUUUUACCAGAACUGAGCAACUCGAUGUGAAAGAGAAAAGGUGGGUCGUAUUUAAAGGAGAACAGGACCCCACAUCCGUCCCUGUUGAAUGGAUAUGUUGGCUGAAUGGACAGCGGAAAAAGGCACCGACCCCUGAGGAAAUCGCUGAGCUAGAGGCAAGGAGAGAACGCCUUAAAAUGAAUGUUGCUCUUCUCAAAAUGGAAGAAGAAAGAAAAACCAAAGGAGGGAAAGCCACGACAACAAGCAUUGGUAAAGCUGCUGGUCCUGACUUGAAAAGUUUUAUCCAGCAAUUUCCCACUGAUUCAGAAGGUAAAACAAUCAAACCCACUGGUUCAGACCAUGUACCAAGUGGCGAGGUUUCCGAAGAAUCUCAGGAACAUAAAGAAGUUCCGGAAUUUAUCGGAAAGCAGACAGAGUCCUCUGAGCCGACUGGAUCUGGUGAAUCGUUCAGGCCUGGAACAUGGCAACCGCCAAUAUGAAACCCCAUUGGUAGUAAUUCGGCCAUUUGAUUGUAUGUUGGCUCUUUUUUUAAUGAGUGUUGGUCACUUUCUAAAGGAUAUAUUUUGUUAUGAUGGUACACAGAGUAAUUCAACCUCCAUCUGUGUAAGUGAGUUUGUUGUAGUUGGGUUCUAUUAAGAAGGUCGAGCCAUGUGCAUCAACGAAUUCCUAAGUAAAUAAUCCUAGUGCAAUGGAUUUAGAGUUAAAAUUAAGAACUUGCGGUUUAAAAUUAAUGUCGAUUCUGUGAAAAUUAAUGCCUUUAAUAAUUUAAAUAGUG